AUGCUGCUAGUAUGCUAUUUUUUAGCAUCAUCGGCGUUGUUAGAUACUCCGCAUACAGAUAAGAAAGGCCUAAUCGCCACUCUAGCAAUCAUCAUCGUCAAUGGACUCGUUCACUCUGCCCACUUUGUCUUGGGCUGUUGCGAUGUACACCUAAGACGACACGCCGGAAUUUCUAAGCACUAUAAUCACAGGAAAGAGGGCAUCGAAAUCUCCAAGGCUUGA